AUGAAGAAACGCCGUCAGCCAGCCUAUCCCUCGCUCCUGCUCCCCUCAAAGCAGUCGGUGGCCGUCAAGAAUGUUAAUCCAAAGGUGGUUCAAAGCGCAGCCGGACUUCGUCAGGUCAUCUCCCCGGUCCAGUCGCCGCUCUCCACCGACAGUUCCCCAUCACCAAUCACCCCUUUCCACUCACUCCUUGAGGAUCGCACCCGAAAGCUCUCGCCGGGUGAACUGCCCGAACACCGCGGCCAGGUCGACUUUGAGCUGUCGUACGAUCCGCUCGUCCACAGUCUACAGGUGACAGUCGUCUCGUGCAAAGAUCUGUGCGAGGUGGAGCUGUCUCGAGACGGCCAAUGCCUCCUCGACCCCUACGUAAAAAUUCAGCUCCUCCCCGACAAGGAGCACCGCGUCAAGACCAGAAUCGUCCGCUCCACAACCAGCCCCGUCUACGAGGAGCAGUUCACGCUGUACGGCGUCGGCGCUGAACAUCUACAGACUGCCGCCAUCCACUUCCAGGUCGUCGCUUUCGAUCGAUACUCGCGGGAUACAGUGAUCGGCGAGGGGAUCUAUCGACUUGAAGAUGCUGAUCUCACCAACCAGAACAGCGUCAAGCUCUCCGUCGGCCUCACCGGCGAAGCAGCAAGUGAACAAGGCGAAGUUCUCGUCUCGCUCACCUACCAGCCAGCCUUCAACAACCUCACCGCGGUCGUGCUGAAGGCCCGCGCCCUGCCCGUCGGCGCCAACAAGCACAUUGAUCCGUACAUCAAGUUAUAUCUGCGGAAAGAGAAUGGGGAGCGGCUGGUGAAGAAGAAGACGCACGUCAAGCGUGGAAACCAGCAUCCGGUCUACAACGAGUCGUUCGUUCUGGAGCUGCCCGAGGACAAGCUCGAUACGGCGUUGAUCGACUUGCAGGUGAUCAACCACGAUCGGAACAACCGAAACGACGUGAUCGGCCGUGCCCUACUCAAUAAAGAAGAUCCCCAUGUGCAAGAGGUGCUGGCGAACCCGGGACGCCAAGUGUCAAAGUGGCACCAUUUGGAG